UCCUCCCCCCCUCGCCUUCCUCCUCCUCCCUUCUCUCGUGACGCCCCCCCUCCUCUCUUCGUCCUCGUCUGCUCCCUCAUCUGAGUUCAUAAACCUCGGCCCUUCCUCCCCGCCGCGGCGCCUCCCGGCGGCACUCGGGAUGGAUUUGUCUCGGUUUGCUUCCGGCGUCGGGCCUAGCCGCACGGCCCCGCGGCCGGGCUUGCAGAUCGGCGCCACCGGGAAUGGCUUCCGGACAUGCUCGCUGCGGCGACCCAGGCAUCGCUGCGGCGGCGGAAAUCCCAUCGGCGCCUCUGCGUUCCGAGGCUGCGGUUCCGGUGGCCUCUUCCACUUGGCUCCGAAGCUCGGGAGCCCUCUCGCUCUCCGGACCAGAGGGAGGGCGCUGAGGUGCCAGGGGAACGACUCACUGUCCUAUGUUGAUGGCUCUUUGGAAGGUACCAAUGGCUCAGUAAUGGAUAGUACCGAGGAUGAAGCAAAGGGCUCAGGGUUGGAUGAGGAGAAGGGUAAUGAUGACACGGAUAAUCUCCGCGAGUUGCUUCAGAAGGCGAGGAAAGAGCUGGAGGUGGCUAGGUUGAACAGCACCAUGUUUGAGGAGAAGGCGCAGCGGAUAUCGGAGUCGGCCAUCGCCCUGAAAGAUAGGGCGGAUAAAGCUCAGAGCGAUGUCUCUUCUGCCGUGGCAACUGUACAGGAGAUCAUCAGCAAGGAGGAUGAUGCCAAGGAGGCUGUACGGAAGGCUACAAUGGCGCUCUCCAUGGCUGAGGCCCGCUUGCAGUUGGCAUCAGAAGCUCUGGAUGCGAAAAGGGGAUCAGUCGGGCCAAUGGAGGUUAGCAUUGAUGAUGUGGAGGAGGAAGCCCUUGCAUCUGCUCAGGAGGAGAUCAAAGAGUGCCAAGAAAGUUUGUCAAAAUGUGAGGAGGAGCUGAACCGGAUCCAAGAGAAGAAAAUGGGGUUGCAGAAGGAAGUUGAUAGACUGACAGAGCUUGCUGAGAGGGCUCUUUUGGAUGCUUCAAAGGCUGAGGAGGAUGUUGCCAAUAUAAUGGUGUUGGCUGAACAGGCAGUGGCUCUUGAGAUGGAAGCUGCACAGCGAGCAAAUGAUGCGGAACUAGCACUGCAGAAAGCGGAGAAGGCCAUCUCCUCGGUCGAUGCUGUGGUAGAGUUACCAGCACCUGCUGAGGAGCAAGCAAGUGGUGAAGAAGACAGUGUUUCUGAAGUGUAUGAUUACAGCACUGAUGGUAUAAAUGAUAUUUCUGAAAGAGAUGAGGUGUCAAAUGUUGAGCGCCUAAUGGAUGGGGACUUAGCUGUUGAAGGCAUUGAGCAACUUGAAUCGUCCCGUGAAAUGUCUGAUGAAGAAAGCGCUGACAAGUUGCUUGUUGAGCCUCAGAAAGAAGCUGAACCUGAGAUAGAUAAGUCAAAGCAAGGGAAAAAGCAGGAAAUAGACCGAAAGGACUCUCCGUCAUCGAAUACUUCUAAAGCAUCACUGAAGAGAUCAUCUCGGUUUCUCCCUGCAUCUUUCUUCUCCUCCAAAGCGGAUGGAGAAUUUACUCCUACUUCUGUUUUCAAGGGGUUAAUGAAAUCGGCUAGAAAGCAUGCACCGAAGCUUGUUGUUGGGAUGGUGCUUCUUGGUGCAGGAGUGUUCUUCUUAAAUCGAGCUGAGAAGAGUAGUCAAUUAUUUCAGCAGCAAGAAAUAACCACAAGUAUUGAAGAAGUUACCUCCACUGCAAAGCCCAUAGUUCGUGAGAUGCGAAAGAUCCCAAAAAGAGUAAAAAAGCUAAUUGAGCUCUUACCUCGUCAAGAGGUAAAUGAGGAAGAAGCUUCACUCUUCGACAUUCUAUAUUUGCUUCUGGCUAGUGUUGUUUUUGUACCAUUAUUUCAGAAAAUACCUGGAGGUAGCCCUGUUCUUGGAUAUCUCGCUGCUGGUGUCCUAAUCGGUCCCUAUGGGCUCUCCAUCAUCCGUCAUGUCCAUGGAACAAAGGCUAUUGCUGAAUUUGGAGUUGUGUUCUUGUUGUUCAACAUUGGCCUUGAGCUUUCUGUGGAAAGGCUAAGCUCAAUGAAGAAGUAUGUCUUUGGGUUAGGCUCUGCUCAGGUGCUGGCUACGACAGCAGCUGUUGGUAUGAUAGCCCACCGUUUUGCAGCAGUACCAGGACCAGCAGCAAUUGUUAUUGGGAGUGGUUUGGCUCUAUCCUCGACAGCUGUUGUUUUGCAAGUACUACAAGAACGUGGGGAGAGUACAUCACGCCAUGGACGUGCUACAUUUUCCGUGUUACUGUUCCAGGAUUUGGCUGUGGUUGUCCUGUUGAUAUUAAUACCUCUUAUAUCACCUAAUUCUUCAAAAGGAGGGGUUGGUUUCCAAGCAAUUGCAGAAGCUAUGGGAAUGGCUGCUGUAAAGGCAAUAGCUGCUAUAACAGCCAUAAUUGCUGGAGGUCGUCUGUUGCUUCGUCCAAUUUACAAGCAAAUUGCUGAAAAUAGGAAUGCAGAGAUAUUUUCAGCAAAUACCCUCCUUGUUAUUUUUGGAACAAGUCUUCUCACAGCUCGGGCUGGGUUGUCGAUGGCACUGGGAGCAUUUUUGGCUGGUCUAUUGCUAGCAGAAACAGAAUUCUCCUUGCAGGUUGAGUCGGAUAUUGCUCCUUAUCGUGGCCUUCUGUUAGGUCUUUUCUUUAUGACGGUUGGAAUGUCUAUCGACCCCAAGUUGCUUCUUUCAAAUUUCCCAGCGAUCUCUGUGAUACUAGGCCUCUUGAUUGUUGGAAAGACAAUGUUGGUUACAUUUAUUGGUAGAGUAUUCGGAAUUUCCACCAUAGCUGCUGUUCGCGUUGGUCUGAUGCUUGCACCUGGUGGGGAGUUUGCUUUUGUUGCCUUUGGAGAAGCUGUCAAUCAGGGUCUUCUAUCUCCGCAAUUAUCGUCAUUAUUGUUUCUAGUGGUUGGCAUUUCAAUGGCUCUUACACCAUGGUUAGCUGCUGGUGGCCAGUUUUUGGCAUCCAAAUUUGAGCAGCACGAUGUUAGAAGUUUAUUGCCUGUGGAAAGUGAGACGGACGACUUGCAAGACCAUAUUAUAAUUUUGGGAUUUGGGCGUGUUGGGCAGAUAAUCGCCCAACUCCUGUCAGAAAGAUUAAUUCCAUUCGUCGCACUUGAUGUUCGAAGUGAUCGAGUGGCAGUCGGACGUGCACUUGACCUACCGGUGUAUUUCGGGGAUGCAGGAAGUAGAGAGGUACUGCACAAAGUUGGAGCUGAGAGAGCCUGCGCAGCUGCCAUUACUUUAGAUACCCCUGGUGCAAAUUAUAGAGCUGUUUGGGCUUUGAGUAAAUAUUUUCCAAAUGUGAAGACAUUCGUCCGAGCGCAUGAUGUGGAUCAUGGUGUUAAUUUGGAGAAAGCUGGUGCAACAGCGGUUGUCCCUGAGACCUUGGAACCAAGUCUUCAGUUGGCUGCUGCUGUUCUUGCACAGGCAAAACUCCCAAUGUCAGAGAUUGCAGCAACUGUCAAUGAGUUCAGGAACCGUCAUCUGUCAGAGCUCACGGAGUUAUGUGCUACAUCUGGAAGUUCUCUGGGCUACGGAUACUCGAGGGUCAUGUCCAUUUCCAAAUCAAAGUCCGUCACUUCCGAUGAUGAGAGUGAAACUGUUGAUGGAGCAUUGGCGAUUUGAGCUCAUGCAUCAAUCAUCUCCCCCAGACUGUACAGUAGAUAAUCUAUCAUCAAAUAUAAUUUUCGUAUAGAAAAGUAGCAAAAUAAUUUACAAUGACAGUUCCCAUUUUUUGACGACUUAGCAUUGCCUCUCCUUUUUAUGUAUGGAGGACACUAGGAUAUUUCUUUUCUUC